AUGAACAAGAGGUCUUUCAAGUAUGCUUGGGUGCUUGACAAGCUCAAGGCUGAACGUGAAAGAGGAAUCACCAUUGAUAUUGCCCUCUGGAAGUUUGAGACCACCAAGUACUACUGCACAGUCAUUGAUGCCCCCGGACACAGGGAUUUCAUUAAGAAUAUGAUUACUGGGACAUCCCAAGCUGAUUGUGUUGUUCUUAUUAUCGAUUCCACUAUCGGUGGUUUUGAAGCUGGUAUUUCUAAGGAUGGACAGACUCGUGAACAUGCUCUCCUUGCUUUCACUCUUGGUGUGAGGCAGAUGAUUUGCUGUUGUAACAAGAUGGACGUUAUCGGGAGUGGGUGUUGGGGGCUGUGGAAGUGGAAUCCACUACCGCAGUCUCGACGGUGUCGUAUUCACCGCACUUCGGGUUCGACGGGUGCAACCGGCGGAGGUGGCUACCGGUUUCCGGUGAAGCAAGCGGUGACUGCUGCCUCCCUUGCCCUCACCGGCAACACAAUCGCUCAGCUCAGCAACCGUUGGAGGAAAGCGAAGGAGGGUGGUGGCAGUGUCUCUCAAGGUUGUUACAGGAUGAGUUGUGGAGCCACCUUUCAGACCAUGAUUGGCUGUGUACCCUGCGAAUGA